CUGGCCUCGUCGACGCCAAACACACCUGUACGUAAAUUCACCAUUGGCCAGGAACUGCUCGAGAACCCUUCCCCCCCCUCCUUAUGACCUCAGGCGCACCUCUUGGGUGGAUCCACCUGACCGGGCCUCGCUGGAACGUAUAAUAUCCAGGCCGCCCUUCCAACUGUCUCUCGCACACCCAACCUCUGCCUCGCCCCGGGAAAUACCCACGUAUAUACCAUGGCCGCUCCGUCCGAGGAUCGCCCCCAAGCCGGGCCUACGCAGUGUGUAGGGCCCGACUAUCGCUUGCCCAGCCAAAAGCCCACGGCCACGGUCUCGACCGAGGUGAGAUACGACAACGUCGUCACACUGCCCCAGACGCCGCAGCUCAUCGCCCUACUCACGAAGAUCCGCGACAGGAAGACGGACCGGGCUGACUUCAUCUUCUACUCCAACCGGAUCAUUCGUCUGCUGGUCGAGGAGGGGCUGAACCACCUGCCCGUCGUCGAGCACACCGUGACUACCCCGGUUGGCCGUACCUACGCCGGACUGAUGUUCCAGGGGAAGAUCUGCGGCGUGUCCAUCAUGCGCGCCGGCGAAGCCAUGGAGCAAGGCCUCCGGGACUGCUGCAGGUCCGUGCGGAUCGGUAAGAUCUUGAUCCAACGGGACGAGGAAACGGCGACGCCUAGGCUGUUUUAUGACAAACUGCCCGAGGAUAUCGCCAGCCGAUGGGUCCUUCUGCUCGACCCGAUGUUUGCGACAGGUGGAUCGGCCAUCAUGGCCGUGGACGUUCUGAAAUCGCGUGGCGUUCCGGAGGAGAGAAUUCUCUUCCUGAACCUGAUCGCCAGCCCGCAGGGGAUCGAAAACUUCGCGACCAAGUUUCCCAAGCUUCGAGUCGUCACCGCGUUUGUUGACCAAGGUCUUGACGAGAAGAACUACAUUAUUCCAGGCCUGGGCGACUUUGGAGACCGAUUUUACACCAUGUAGAAAAAUCUAGUCCUAAUUACAGGGAAGUCCGUAUGAAGAUAAUACGCGCGAGACUCUUAUAUAGAGUCGACCGUCAAGCCGAUUGGCAUUAUUCCUAAGCUAGAGAGCGUGGUAACCCAGUAUAUCCUAUUUAAAUAUCUAAGAUUCCUU